AUGGACAAUGUUACCGCUUCGGCCGCCGAAUCGCUCGUCGAGCAUUCCCCCCUCCUACGGCUACCACCAGAACUUCGUGAAAGAAUAUUCCUGCACCUAAUACCUAGUGUCCCAGAGAUAGGCAUCUGGGCAAUUGAAACAGCAAUGUUACGACCUCGACUUCGAGAAGAUGGCCAACCGUGCUGCCCUGCACUACUUAGAGUUAAUCGAAAAACGCAUCACGAGUUGUCACGUUUAUGGUAUUCUAACCAGCUGUACACCGUUUUCCUGGGUCCAAGACGGCUUCGGGAUGUAAAGCAUCUCAUCAUCUUCUGUGGUUCACGCUUCUUCCCACGUGAGCCAUUGCCGAUGAAUCUACGACUCCUUCGAUUCGUCUGUUUGGAUAUCAAGCUUUCAUAUAAGGCGCAUGAAAUUGCUGUGUUGUUGACAGCACUUGUACGACAAUUGUCAUCGCCAGACAUUCCGGUUAAAAAACUCCUAUUGCGUAUCAUGCUGCCAAUAGAGCUCUUCGUCGCGGCUUCACACGAGGAGAAAGAAACGCUCUGGGCAUACUUGGAUGCAAAUCUGGGUAGUAUUGGAUGUUUGAGAGGUGGCCCAAAUACAGAAGUGCAGGUCUUUGGUGAUCCCGGUCUCUCUUCACCAGUCUGGGUUGAUAUUAUUCCCUUUUCUCGGCCUGUAGCCAUUUGCAAGCUCGCAUUCGAGUAUUUGGAAAUGCUGCUUGGUGGUAGAGUCAUACAAGUUGAUACAGAGGAGCAGAAGACCUCAUGA